AUGACUCUCUGCAAUCAGUACCCACUUAAUUCCAUCCAGUAUGCUGAGUUUGGGGCGAUGCUAGGCCAUGUCAUCUCUGAUAACAGCCAAGUGACGGCAGUGUCGGCAGCUGGAAUCAGGCCAGCUGAUUUGGCCCGAUUCUGGGACGUUAAUCAUGCUAAGUGUCAGCCGAGUCGGGCAACCAGACCUGCCUGCACAGUCAAAUGUGUGCUGCGUCAUCCGAGGACUGCGGGACCCACAAACACCGGAGGUUCCCCUGCAGUGCGAGAGAUCAGCGAUGGGACUGGGAGCAGUGAGAGGGAGGGAGAGAGAGAGCUCCUAAAGCAGCGGCGGCCUCUGGCCUUUGCGAAAAUCUCCCUUGUAGUUUUCAUCCUGACUUCUGCCCUCUCGGUGACUUCUCUUCCUGCUGACAUAGACAAGGGAAGGAGAAAGGUGGUGCACGUGCUCGAGGAUGACACUGGAGCGGUGAUUGUGCAGACAGCUCCUGGUAAAGUGGUGACACAUCGCGGUGGCUCCAUCACUCUGCCCUGCAGGUUCCACCACGAGCCGGAGAACACUGACCCCGCUCGUAUUCGGAUUAAAUGGACCAAAGUGACCGAUGCUCUGCAGUUUCAGGACGUCUUUGUGGCACUGGGAAGGCAGCAGCGUGCGUUUGGAUCAUACAAAGGCCGUGUGUUUCUGGAGCAGGCAGGACCAGGUGACGCCUCAGUGAUCAUCCAAAAUGUCACGCUGGAAGACUAUGGGCGCUUUGAGUGUGAAGUCACCAAUGACAUGGAAGACGAUACGGGAUUUGUCAACCUCGAUUUAGAAGGAGUGGUGUUUCCCUAUUACCCCCGUGAGGGGCGCUAUAAGCUCAACUACCACCAGGGGGAGGACGCCUGCAAGCAGCAGGACGCCAUUCUGGCCUCUCACUCUCAGUUACACAAGGCCUGGCUGGAGGGACUAGACUGGUGUAAUGCUGGAUGGCUGGAGGACGGCUCAGUCCAGUACCCUAUCUCUCAUCCCAGAGACCAGUGCGGCCGCAAGGACACCCCCGCUGGCGUUCGUAACUAUGGCUACAGGCACAAGGAGGAUGAGCGCUAUGAUGCUUUCUGCUUCACUUCCAAGCUCAGCGGCAAAGUGUACUUCCUCAAACGCUUUAAGAAGGUGAACUAUGCAGAGGCGAUGAAGGCUUGCAUUCGAGACGGCUCAACGGUGGCCAAAGUGGGUCAGCUGUACGCUGCAUGGAAGUUCCAGCUUCUGGACCGCUGUGAAGCCGGCUGGCUGGAGGAUGGAAGCAUCCGUUACCCCAUAGUCAACCCGCGCUCUCGCUGCGGAGGAUCCCAGCCAGGCGUCCGACACCUGGGCUUCCCUGAUAAAAAAUUCCGCCUCUAUGGGGUCUACUGUUACCGUGAGAACAAGGAUGAAACAGCAGGUGGUACCAAAAUGACAAAAAGCCCCGCAGCUAGUUUGACGAGGAGGAAGAGCAGCAACAGCAUCCCCAUGAACGCCACGAGGGUGAUUUAAAGUGGAAAGACUGAGAGCAAGAAGGGGGAUGCAAUUUUAGAUUUGACAGCAACAACUGUCGCCUAGCAGCCGACUCCAUUCAUCGCUUUCAAAGUAAAACACUCACAGACAAGAUGUACUCAUUUGCAGAUUUGCCAGAGAGAAGAAGCGAGGCUGUGUAAAAUUAAGGGUGACAUCUUUAUUAGGGUGAUUUUCCUUUUCGUCUCAAGUCAGUCAGUCAUCUUAAGGAGUGAGUAUGUUAGCACAUCUGCCGCUGGAAAACUGUGAGGUUAAACAGCAGCUUGAUCGUCGCUCAGGCACACAUCAGAUCAGAGAGUCUGCCAUGAA